AUGCCCGUGCAGAUUUCAAAUCUCCAAUCAGUACUACGUCGGAGAGACCUACACAGCUCGACACUGGCACUGGCACUGACACUGUCGUCUAAUACUUGCACUGGGACCAAACCGUCACCAUCAACCUUGACCGACCCGUUUGUGAAAGGAAACCGCGAGCUCAAAACCGGCACCUUCAUGCAGUGUGACACUGUCGUUGAAAAAGUCAUCGUGCCUGAGACUUCCACUACAACGGAACCCAAAUCUCCAUCCGUCGAUUUGUUUAGCCCGCCUACCCAAGAAAAUCUCGAAACCGGCACAAUCGCUACAUGGGAUAUGCCCGCUCACCCUAGCCAGAAAAAUCCUAGCACUAUACCCAACACAUCCUCUGAUGAUUCCUCUUCUGAGGGCUUGGAUAGCUCCUCUGGUGCCAAAUCUGAGAUUUUCUCCACUAACAGCCUUGAUACGAGACCGGAAUCUCCAUCUAGUGCCUUGUUCGACGCAUCUGCCUAUGAAAAUUGCGAAUCCAAACCCAGCACUACACCGGACAUGUCGGCUCAAUAUGAUAGUGAUAGUGAUGCUCAAACCGUUAUCCUGUGUGACGAUAACUCCGAGAAUGACUCCAACACACUUCCAAACUCCAGCUCCAGCCAGAGAGAGCCUAACACCAUAUCCAGCACGUCAUCUGGAAGGCCAUUACAACGCCCUGAGAGAAGCUGA